AUGACGAUGACAUCACAAUUCCCAUUCGUAGUAGAUGUUAAUCAUCUCUCUGCAGCCCUAGCAGCGGCUGCUGAGCUUGCAAAGGCCGAUGACUUUGCCUACAAUGCGGACGCGUCUGUGAAUUCUUCUGACGUUGAGGCGGUUCGCAUCGAGAAACCCAUCGUGAGAAAGUACCGUCUACCAACACGGAAACCAAAGUCAACGAUAUCAUCAGACCUGGAUCAUUCUGAUGAUGAACGAAAAGAAUAUCACGAAGAUGCCGAACAGCGUAUGGCACGAAGUCGGGAGCGAAAUCGAGAACAUGCGCGCCGAACUCGUCUACGAAAAAAGGCGCAACUUGAAGCGUUGCAAUCCAAGGUAAAGGGGUUACAAGCCGAAAGUAACGUCCUCAAGCAGAGCUUGGAAGAAUGCAGUAUCGCUACUAUUCUUGUUGGCCUUGCUUCAGGGGAAAAUAAUAAGAUGGUAGAUGAGUUGGUAAACGAGGUUUCAGGAGAUGAUGAACCAGAUGCCAUUAGACUUGUUGGAGGAAAACGUAAGCGAUUCGUCUCCGACACAUCUGAGAAAAUUCCUCAAGCCUUGACCAUCAAAAUAAAUGGUCGAACAGCCACGAUUGGUGGUGGUCGUACCCACAUUAACUGGAAGAGCGGGGUCUACAGUGACGAGCAUGGAAGUCAGAUUCAACUGUCAAACAAGGAUCUCGAAAGUCUGCGACGAGAACGGAAUCGAAUGCACGCCAAAAUGACUCGCGAUCGCAAGAAGAACUUCAUUUCAUCGAUUGAAAAGACAAUCGAAAAGCUCGAAUCAAGAAAUGGUCGAAUGAAGAAGAUCCUGCAAGAAUUCAUUCAGCUGCGCUUGGAGCCAAGUGCAGGUGUCACUCCAAUGUCGUCACCUGGCUCGGUAUCGAUCCCUGGUUCGGUGGACGAGAUACCCAACUUUAACCUCAUUGAUGAUGGGCCAUGUACUCCUCGGAAAAAGCGAAUGAGAAUUGGCAGCUAA